CGUCGGCCGGCUCGUGCGAUACCACGCGCGAACGCUCUCUUUUUCUCUCCCCCUCUCUCGCUCUCUCUCUCUCUCUCUCUCUUUCUUUCUCUCUCUCUCUCUCUCUCUCUCUCUCUCUUUCUCUCUCCCUCUCGUUCGCUCGUUCGCUCGUUCGCUCGCACGCUCGCUUCUCAUUUCGUUUUUCGUCGUCGUCGAACCAACGAGAAAUUUUUUUUCUCCCGAUCCGAUCGCGAAAGGAAUACAAAUCGAUAAAAUAUUCGAUUAUUAAGGCGUCGUAUUAUUAAUUUGUAGUAAUCGGGGAGUACGCGGGACGGUAGGGCGGUUGGGCGCGCGCGCGCGCGCGCAACCCCCGAAAGAAAGGAAAAGUUCGCGCGCCAACGCAUACGUCGUCAUCAAAGUUACCCUCGUGCUCGUCGUCUUCACUUGUGGACUCGUCGUCGUCGUCGUCGUCGUCGUCUUUGCCGUCGUUGUCGUCUACGUCGUCGUCGUCAUCUACGUCGUCGUCGUUGUUGUUGUUGUUGUUUUGUUGUUACUGUCUGAAAAAGAAGGAAAAUAAAAAAUAGAAGAAAGAAAGAAAGAAAGAAAGAAAGAAAGGAAGGAUAUAAAGAAAUAUAAGCUGCAAGAAAGAGAAGAAAACGUAAUCGGCGGUGGUGGUUAAAAGCGAUCAAACAAGGGAGGUUAAACGCGCGCGUACUCGUAUAUAGUCGUGUGCACGAGGAGGAAGAAGUGUUGGAGGGGAUUGGUAGACGUGUUGGUAAAGAAGGAGAAAGAGUAAGGAGGAAGAAGAAGAAGAAGAAGGAAGAGGAAGAGGAGUAGGAGGAGGAAGAGUAGGGGGUGAACGAACGAAGUGUAGUUGCCGCAGGUCAGGGAAGAAAAUUUCGUCGGACGAUAAAAGAUCUUACGAAGAAACGAAGGAAAGAGGAAAAGUAGGAAAUAGUGUAGGAGCUAAGAGGGUGGGUAGAAGUGGUGAAGGUGUUGGAAAAGGGAUUAAAGGGUGGUCAGGAAAAAAAAGAAAGAAAAAAAAAAAAAGAAGAAGAAGAAGAAAAGGACGAAAAGGAGAAGAAGGAGAAGAAGAAGAAGGUGUAGAGGAAGGUGGAAGAGGAGAAAGACGAGAAGGAGAAAGAGAUACGGAGAAGGGGAAUGCUUGGCAAGAAAAAUAGUUUAGCCGAUGGACGAGCUCCGCAGUAGUCGUCGUCGUCGUCGUGGCUGCACGCUACCGUCUCGUUACGGAGGGACGCUGAGAAAAUGGAGAGAAAGGCGUGAUCGGUGUUAACGUUAAGAGAGAGAGAGAGAGAGAGAGACAGAGAGAGAGAGAGAGAGAGAGAGGGAGAGGGAGAGAGGGAGAGAGAGAGACAGAGAGACAGAGAGAGAGAGAGAGAGAAAAUGAACGCAAACGGUAACGUUGGUUCUCAGGAGGGCGGCAAUGGUAACGAUUAUGGUGUUAGCAACGAAGAAACCGCCGCCCUUCUGAGUAGGGCACCACCGCCGCCGGUGGUGGUUGCCGCGGCGUCUCAGGGCAAGCCAGUGCUAACGCGACAGAAUAGGGCAACUUUUUUGGUUGCCUCGCCGCAACUGUCAGUGUCUGGACUUGGCGGCUCCGAGGAGAGCGGCACCACCGAAGAUCCGGCAACAAGAUCUGUACCCGACAUCGAAUUACAUUGUCGAUUGGACGGUGAAUUUCAACAACAAUCUCAGCAACAGCUGCAACAACAACAACAACAACAACAACAGCAACAGCAGCAACAGCAACAGCAGCAACAACAGCAGCAGCAACAGCAGCAACAACAACAAUUGCAACAACAGAUCGUACCACCUACGAUUUAUCGAUCGAGACAGGUGUCUCAUCAAUAUAAUCGUUGCCGAUGCGAUCGAAGGGAUUCUCUCGCUCCAUCCUCUGCCCUACACUUGGCACGCAGCGUUUCAAGAGAGAGCGUAAAGAGCGGACAUCAUUGCUGUCCAUGUCAAGCACCACCACCACCGGUACUUGUAACAACCUCUCCAAGUGCACGGAUAAUACGUCAAAGUUCUCAACCAGAGGCCUGCUGUUGUUCCGGAUGUUGUUGCAACUUACAUGCCGGCAUAGCGCCGAGUGCUGCCUCUCUACGGCAAUUACGCGAGCCCGGCGACGGAAUUGCCGGCAUAGCUGCGGAUUCAUUGAGAAUCAACGGUGGAAUACGACAAUUCCGACAGUUUCCCUGGUGGUGCAAAUCGUCAUCGUCAUCGAUGGCGACAACGCCUCCCCCGCCAACGGCUAUGAUGCCCGCUUCCGGUUCCGGUUCCGGCUCCGGUACUCAGGGCGUCGUACUCUGUCCACGUACGCUGUCUCAGGUUCGACGAUCACGACUACGCAGAGCCCUCACCGAGGCUACCGCAGAGACCGUUGGCUACGUCAAGACGUUGCGGAAGCCAGUGUCGACACUCUCGAUUCCGGGUGCGAUGAAGAACAGCGGUGGAAGUGGUGGUGGUGGUGGUGGUGGUGGUGGUGCUGGUGGUGGUGCUGGUGGUGGUGUUGGAGGUGUUGGAAGUGGAGUCGGUAGCAGUGGUGGAGGAGGAGGAGGGGGUAUUGGAGGUGCAGGUUGCGGAAGUGCAGGAGCUGCGAACGCAGGCGAGGAUGCUGGAAUUGCAUUAGUCGGUGUUCACAGCGAGUAUCCACGUUACGUCGACGAAAGGGUAUUAGGAGGAGGCCCUAUGAAGGGACCCUCGGCUGGUAGUAUAGGACCUGGCUCCAAACAUAAACCUAAUGUUGGUUAUCGUCUCGGAAGACGGAAGGCACUCUUCGAAAAACGCAAACGCAUAAGUGAUUAUGCACUCGUUAUGGGAAUGUUCGGCAUCAUUGUCAUGGUCAUCGAAAACGAACUCUCCAGCGCCGGCGUUUACGGAAAGGCCUCGUUUUACUCGACAGCACUGAAAACCUUGAUCUCCGUGUCUACUGUGAUACUGCUUGGCCUCAUAUUUGCUUACCAUGCCUUAGAAGUUCAGUUGUUCAUGAUCGAUAACUGCGCGGACGAUUGGAGGAUCGCUAUGACCUGGCAGCGGAUCUCCCAAAUUUCGGUUGAAUUGCUGAUAUGCGCGAUCCAUCCGAUACCCGGGGAAUAUUAUUUCCUAUGGACGACCAAGUUGGCGAACAAGGGUGGUGACAUUGGCUCCAAAUGGGUGCCAUACGAUGUCACCCUCUCGCUACCGAUGUUCCUUAGACUCUACCUCAUCUGCCGGGUGAUGUUGCUACAUUCGAAGCUCUUCACCGAUGCAUCCUCGCGCAGCAUAGGAGCAUUGAAUCGCAUUAACUUCAACACACGUUUCGUCUUGAAAACCCUGAUGACUAUAUGCCCGGGUACGGUGCUAUUGGUCUUCAUGGUCUCUUUAUGGAUCAUUGCCUCAUGGACGUUGCGACAGUGCGAAAGAUUCCACGAUGAGGAACAUGCGAAUCUUCUCAACGCCAUGUGGUUGAUUGCCAUCACGUUUCUCAGCGUUGGUUUCGGUGACAUCGUACCGAACACGUACUGCGGUCGAGGAAUAGCGGUUUCCACCGGAAUGAUGGGAGCAGGUUGUACGGCUUUGCUCGUCGCUGUUGUUUCCAGAAAACUGGAACUUACAAGGGCGGAGAAGCACGUUCACAACUUCAUGAUGGACACGCAGCUAACGAAAAGGUUAAAAAAUGCCGCAGCAAAUGUGUUACGAGAAACGUGGUUGAUCUAUAAGCAUACACGCCUAGUGAAACGCGUCAAUCCUGGCCGUGUUCGAACGCAUCAACGAAAGUUUCUACUGGCAAUAUACGCACUGAGAAAAGUGAAAAUGGAUCAACGAAAGCUAAUGGACAAUGCCAAUACGAUAACGGACAUGGCCAAGACGCAGAACACGGUCUACGAGAUAGUCUCGGAUAUGAGCACGCGACAGGACGGGCUAGAGGAGCGGCUUGUUAGCCUGGAGGAUCGGUUGGUUGGUCUUGAAGAGAAAUUGAGCACGUUGCAGAGCCAAUUGGAGAUGCUACCGGAGGAGCUGACGCGGUGCCUAGCGCAACAUGCCGAGCGUAUGGAGCAGAGACGCAACUUCCUGCACCCGGACACGGCGGUUGCGAUGGCGUCUUCCGGCGGUGCCGGUGGUGGCGUCUCCGCCGGUAACAGCCUCGGCUUGGGCAUGUCCCAUGGCGUUUUGGCUGGCGGCAACGCCUCCGGUCAUCAUCCCUUGGCAAAUUUAGCGAACUCGCCGUCCCUCCUGCCGCAUUCAAGGAGCGUACCCAGCGGACCGAGUGCACCAAGCACCAUGUCUCUUCAUCCUUGGCCGGUGAGUCCGGUCCUACCACCUGUGUCUAGUCGUACGCCUCAUCUCGUCCCGGAGACUGGUCGACAUCAUGGCCACUCUACCGUCGUCGCUACGAUCCCGAGCAGCAGCACGCUGACGGCGGCAGCAACGGCGACAGCCGCAGCGGCAGCGGCGGCGGCGGCAGCGGCAGCGGCGGCGGCAGCGGCGACGACAACGACGAUGACGACGAUGAUGACCACAACCUCGCAAUCGACCACCAGGUUAACCUCCCAAGCCGGCAUGGGUGGACUCGGCAAUAGCCAAGGCUCGGACACAUCCGCGCACAGCUGAGUUUCGUCUCUGCAGCCGCAGCAUUCUUACUAAACGGGGAUCCUUCGAGAAUAUCUCCCUCUCUCUUUUUCUCUCACUCACUCUCUCUUUCUCUCUCUCUCUCUCUCUCUCUCUCUCUCUUUCUCUCUUUCUCUUUCUCUUUCUCUCCCUCCUUUUAUCCUUGAUUCUCUCAAAUUCUCUCAUUUCCUUAUAACAAAUGGACGAUCUCAUUGUCUUAUUCCUUGAGAGAAAAAAAUCUCGAUGAAAACAUCCUCCUUCAUGACGGGUCCAAUCCUUUUACCGAUUGACGUUGCCUAUUCGCCUAAAUAAUGCAAAGGACGGAAGUGUUUCUAUCGAUUAAUCGAUCGAUCGAUCGAUCGAUCGACCUUACGAGAGACGAGAGAGGAGUCGUGCGGUUAUCGCCUAAGCGCGAACCGAUAAAGAGAACGGGAGGAAACUCGAGGCCGGUUUCUCUUCCAAUCUGCUGCUGCUGCUGCUGCGUGCUGCUACUCUGCCCAACUUGCGUGCCUGAAAACUUUUUUUCUUAUCGAUAUAAAUAUAUAUUCGACACAGCACGGAAAUGCUCCACCUUAUAUAUAUAUAUAUAUAUAUAUAUAUAUAUUAUAUAUAUAUAAAUAUAUCUCUCUAAUACCUCGAGUCGCGUAUGCGCGGACGGGCACGAUAUUGCGUGUUUUAUUAGCUCGAAUUGGAUUGUGCAAAGUGUUGCGUUGAGGAAUACAAUGUUUCCUUUCGAGUUCGACUCGCGCUGGCUCGAGCAACUAAGAAAUUUGUACGCAUUCGUAUUACCUUUCUAUCUUCUAAAGUAUUGAAAUAUAUAAUAUUUUUCUUGAAAUUUUAUAGUCCUUUAAACGACGAUAAUUAAGCCUACGUUCAAUGAAAAUACAUAUAUAACUAUACCAGCUGAUGCGCAAGUUUAUUAGAAGGAAGAAAAAAAAAAACAAUGAAAAAAAGAAAAAAAGAAGAAAAAAAAAGGAAAAAAAAAAAAAAAGAA